UUGAUCAAGCGUGACUUGGCKURGGGUGUGAGCUUUGAUUGAAUCUUUCAAUAUAUUUCCCUGCAAUUAUGGACCUGAAGCAGGCUGUUUGCCUGCUAGGUAUUCACGUAGCUUUCUUGGCWCUUUGUGCGAGCUCAGAAGAGUCAACUUUGGGSAARUUUAUUCAACAUUUUGAACCCCUAAAUUACGAUACGAAAGAASUCCAUGCAAGUCACAAAAAGGCCGUUUCUCGAGGCUCGCACUAUGAUAUGCAAUUUGAUGCAUUUGGGCAGAARCACAAGCUUCGUAUAAAGCAAGACAACGAGCUUUUUACUGGAGAUGCUGUCAUACAAGAUGGGGAUGGUAAGCCAAUUAGCCUUGACCACAGCUCUUUCAUUACAGGGGAAAUUGUUGGAGAACCAGGCUCAAAAGUGCAUGGGGUUGUUSAAGAUGGUGCUUUCCGAGGAAAAAUCAUUGGACGCAAGGGAAACUUUUAUGUUGAACCAGCUAAAAACUACUUUGAAGACCCAUCAUUUCACUCAGUUAUCUACAGACAAGACGAUGUUCAGUACGAUGCCAAGUAUGCUGACAUUUCAAAACGUAUMCCAAAACAUUCAGAUAGAGAAAAGAGAGAGGUCGGUAACGAAAGACCUCGAAGGGCAACCUUGGAAGAGAUGAGAAAGAACGUUUGUAAGCUCAAGCUGUACGGAGAUGACCGGUUUACGAAGCGUUUUGGUGGCAAAGCUGAAGCUGCGGCCAAAAUCGUCGAGCAUGUGGCCGCAGUUAAGGCAAUAUACACUGAAGAUUUCAACACAACAAAAGAUGGGUUGUACGCGCCCUAUGGUAUCACGUUCAGAGUGAAACAAAUUACGGUUUAUGACGAGAGUAACGUCCCUGCUAAGUACAAUAAGGAUAAUCUUGGAAUCGAUCCAAUGUUGGACCUUCUCUCUCAGGAAAAUCAUGAUGAUGUUUGCGAAGCGUUUCUUUUUACAGACCGUGACUUUGAUGGAGGAAUUUUGGGUUUGGCCUGGAUUGGUUAUCCAUCAAAGCUUGGUGGAGUGUGCUCCAGGUAUAGGACAGGGGGAGGCAAAAGCUACAAUACUGGCAUUGUUACAACCAAACUUUAUGGGCGAUUCACACCACCUAGGAUAUCAGAAGUUACCUUUGCGCACGAACUUGGGCAUGGCUUUGGAUCUCAGCAUGAUCCAGAAGGUACAUGUAGUCCUGGAGGUAAAAAUGGUAAUUACAUCAUGUAUAGUAAGGCAACAUCUGGCGACCGUUCYAACAACGACAAGUUUUCUCCGUGUAGUCUUACUGCCAUUCGUGAUAAUGUAAAUGCCAAGAGAUCAAGGAGUUCAUAUGAUGGUUGCUUCACUACUGGAGAUGAGCCAAUCUGUGGAAAUAGAGUCAGAGAGAAGGGUGAACAAUGCGAYUGCGGAGAUGCACUUUCAUGCAAGGAGGAAGGUGAUUGUUGCAACCCUCCUGGAACAAAAGAUGAAUGCCGUUUGAAAUUAUCAGUUGAAUGUAGUCCAAGUCAAGGUCCUUGUUGCACCAAAAAAUGUACUUACGCACCCAACAAGGUUUGUCGCAACAGCACAGAAUGUAUCAAGGAAGCCAAGUGUGCAACCAGGUCAUAUGAAUGCCCAGAAAUUAGUGUGAAAGAUCCAAAAGGUACAUGUAAUGGCAACCGUAGAGUUUGUGGAGCCAAAGGUGACUGUUCUUUGUCUAUUUGUACAAAAUAUGGCCUUGAGGAAUGCCAAUGCACAGCAGAGACUGAGCUGUGUGACAUUUGCUGUAAGAAUCCAGGGAAAGAUGAGUGCUUGGCUGCAAAGAAGAUCAACGAGUUACCAGUAAUGCUUGAUACAGUACAUAAAAUACCUGGCUCACCAUGUGCAAAUAUGAAAGGUUAUUGUGAUGUAUUUGCUGUUUGCCGUAUGAUAAACAAGGCCGGCCCACUGCAGCGUCUGUCUGAAAGAUUCCUSACAGUUAAAGGACUUAAGGAAACUGUCAAAGAGUACUGGUGGGCAAUAUUGAUYGGYAUWCUUGCUGGYAUCAUCAUCGUAGGCCUGAUGGUCUUCCUGUGUWCUCGKUAUACCCCUAGUAGUAAUCCAAUCASAGARGSRAAGAGACCAGCCAAGAAACUCCCCAGGCGAAGGAAAAAGAAUCAAGAUCGAACACGGGAYGCAGGACGAGAAUCACCUACUAUGGACAUGGAGCACCAAGUAUAAGGAGUAGAUUUAAACUUUUAGGUAUUAUUUAAUAAGUUGUAAUAACUAUCGCUAGAAUGAAGACCAUAAACCUGUGAAAUACAAUGGUAGCAGCCAAAUACUGAUAACCAUGGAAUACUGAGCAACUUACUAGGUGCAUUGAUUAACCAUCUAUUUCACAGGUUUACAGUAAAUCUCAUUCUAAUUUUGUAAGAAUUCUUACAUGGACAUCAGGAUAAUCCAUUCACUAACAAAGAAAGCUAAACCUAAGUUGAUGUAUUCCUUGUGGUUUUUUUUUUUUUUUUUUUGAUAUUUGAUACAGUCAUGUAAUCAGGUUUCUUACUUUUACAUUCUGGUGGUGCUCUCUAGAUAGGAAUCUGUUGUGCAAUUUUUACGCGAUUGUUAUUCAUGAUAACUUAGAAUAUGGAUAAAAGUUAAGAAAAAAAACAUUAAUUUGUGAUCUAGCAAUCACAUUUAUUUAAUAUUUAGCUACUUGUCUUAAAUGCCACUAGAAAACAACUCCUUCUACUGAUCUUGUGAUUUUGUUAUGUAUUUAUUAGAGUAGUACAAAGUAUGGCAUAUCCUACUAUAAACAGUCUAUGAAGAUUUCUUCUUUGAGAAGAAUUUCCUGUAGGAUUGGUGCUCUUGAUGUCUACUUCAUCUACUAAGUCAUCAGUGUACAUAUAAUGAAUACCACUGAAUUGGAAGCAUGUACACUAUAUUCAGUAAUAAACUGGUAAAUAGAAUUUCCUUUUGAAAUCACAAGUAUCUUGAUGUUUUUUUGUUUUUUUUUUGAAAACUUACUUUACUUACUCAAAAGGCUGAAUUAGACGGCACAAUUUUUGCCUGUGACUUUUUUUAGGGCUAUUGUUUAAUUAAUCCCUACGAGUUGUAGCGAUUAUAGGCAUGACUUACGCAGGCUGCAUGCGACGGAUGUAGGCAAAAGUUGUGUUGUCAAAUUUCAUUUUUUUAGUUUUACACAAAGCCAUUUGAAAGGUAUAUAAGUGCUCCUUUGAUACGUCGUGCAUAGGUCUUUCAUUGUAUUAAAUUACUAAAAUAAUAUUAAAAAACUAAAAYAAUACUUUUUGUUAAUAUGUAAAGGUGCACAUAUUUUUCUUAACUUAAAUAUUAAAUUCUGCAUUGUGUGUUAGUGUAGUUAUAAUUGACAUUGCCAUAAUAAACACAUUAACUUUUAAAA